AUGCCGAAGCGUGCCUCUUCGUGUGCUGCCUCCGGGGCAACAAAGGCAAGGGCUGCUGCCACUGCCAAGAAAGCCAAGAAUGGUGGAGGUAUGCCAAGCCUCCCUCCCGCUGCUUUGCAGCUUCCGCACAUUCGGGACGAUGAGAAAGCCUUCUACGACUGGAUUGACACUGAAUUCCCUCCAGAACCGACCGUGAAGUACAGCUCUGCUGCGGACCUUGGCCAAGAAGGUGCAUCGCUGUUCCUUCGGCCACACAUGCUACCCCACAGGGUAGACUAUGGACUCCGUGGAACGAGUGACAGUGAAGUUCAGCACCAACUUUGCCAACUUCAGCUGCUGAAUGGACUUCAGACAGACCCAAAUAAGCCAGGGGUUGAAAAGGUGGUUACCUGUUUGGUUCAGGGCGCAUGGCUUUUCAAGCCAGCAACGAAGCUGACAGCGGCGGACCUCUCGGAUCCCAACGUGGCAGGGCCUGGACAGCUGUUUGUCGUGAAGGGAUGGAAUAGAUCCCUGUGUGCUGUUGGCAUCUUGUUCGCGUGCUACCAGAACCCAGAACUACUCCAGGAGUUGCCAGAUCCAGUGCGACAGUCCUUCCGGACGGUGUAUGCCACUGCUGUUCAGUCUGAAAGCAGCCUUGUUGUCAACACCAAUCGAGGUGUGGCACUCGCCAGCCAGCUCCGUCGCCGCCCCAAUGCCUUCAACUUGCUCCACCAGUUGCAGUUCCUGGAGCGGGCGGGAAUGUCCCAGGACAUGUCAGUGAAGUCAUUGCAGGCUCAUGAAUCGGUGGUAUCGUUCGCCCAAGCAUAUUCUCUGGGUGAAAAAGAAUCAGCGGCUGCAAUCAACCUGCUCAAGUUCAUCCCAUUGAACAUCAAAGAAGGGUUGACAGAGCUGGUUCGGUUCGAGCUUCGGCAUGCCGAUUCUGACAUCAUUCAGAUGCUGGAAUCCACUGUGCCGCCUGCAGAUGUGGGGCGAGUUGGGAUCUUCAUGCAGCCUUUGAAACGGUAUCAGGAACAGGUGGAAAAGCAGACCCAUCAGCGAGCAGAACAGCUUUCCGCCCAGUUGCUGAACACCACAUGGCAGCAAACGGAGCUUCAAUGUGAGAGUGACUUGGCAAAGCUGCAGGAGUGGAGCCAACAGUUUGAGAUCUACGCAGCCAAGCAGGCGGCCAUGGACUACAAACACAUCAACGACCGGUAUCACCGGGGCCGGACUGCUGUGGACGAGUUCAUUGGCAAGAAGCAUCAAUUCAUGAGGGUCUCAUCGCAGGUGCUUGCUCACGCUGCCAUUGUUCAACAGCAAGGAGCUUUGGCGAUCGAUGAGUCUGUGACCUUGGCCCAGGGAGUGGCAUCAGGCAAUGCCAACACGUUGACCUUUUGGCUGUUGCCGCAGUGGCACUCCAGUGCAGCCAAACAGGCAACAUUGCGGCAUCGCAGACUGUUGGAGGACAAAGUCAUUGGGGCAAUGGAUGUGUACGAGAUUGCCCUGAACUUCACAGAUCCCCAGCACCAAGGUCUGGCCGGGGUCUCGGGCAAUCACAGUGCAAUUGCCUUCACGAAGUCUCGUGCCUUGCUGGGAUCGGUGAGCGGCAUCGAACGAAGCCGUGUCACUGACCUACAGAACCCUGACCCUGAUCGUGCACUCGUACAGCAAAGGGGGAUCUCAGCUACAAAAGAGGUGCUGCUCCAGCUGCUCGAGGGCAUGCAUGAGCAGAAUGGUCAGAAGGUGUUGGUGGUGGACAUGAAUCCAUCCAGAUUCUCCGAAUGGUCCCAAGCGGCGUUGGAGAUCCAACGAGCUUUUUUGAUGGGAGAAGAAAGUGGGGGAAAAUGGGACCUUCACUUUUUGUCGGUGUACCAUGACAGCGAUGGUCAUUUGAUGGACCAGGCCCGAGACUUGAUCACAGGGCGAGUUCUCUCGCAAUGGUGGGACAGAGCGGAGGAAUCUGGCCCAGCAGCUCGUGCUUCUGAACCUUUUUCUCUCCCACAGCCUACCCUGGAAUGCCUGACCGUCAAUGAUGGGGCAAUCAAGAUUCCUGAGAUGGUGCAGCAGAAGUUCGCUUUCUCCCACCAGGACCCUCUCAAGAAGCUUGAGGAGAAGAUCGGCCAAGAUACCACCACGCAGAAGGCGCUCCAGGCAAUGAUGGACUCGACCAGUUCCUCAGCAGCCACCCAGAGCAGGACUAUGGCCAGCCCGCAGUGGGACAACAACCCCCCGGUGAACUUUCGAAAGUCCAUGAAUCUUGCGGUGAUUUCUGUGGCUGACUUUGAUGCGAACAAUACGCAGGAAGGGUGUGCAACCAUCGCCCGAGAGCCCAAUCUGCAAGUGGUGCUGACAAGCUUGGGGUCCAUUUGGAUUGUGAACCGGACUGAGAACAAAAUCGAUCUUCCGGCCGGAGAACUUUUCGGCUUCAACACUGGAGCAUACGCGGAGAUCAAUGCAGUUUCUGGCACUGGUGAAAAGAAGCUGCAAAGCAUUGCAGAGGCUGUGUGCGAUGUGACCAGAACUCGAGGGGUCACAGAGCUGCGAAUGGUAGAUCAUGGAAUCACUCCAAAAAUGAAGGUGACUGCGGAUGGAAGUCAACUGCCCAUGUCGUUCCGCUACGUGAUUCAACCUGCUCCCAAAGUGAAUGCAUUCAAGCCGAGGGAGCUUCAGCCGUCCGACGACAAGUGCUCUCUGAGGGGAGUUCAAUUUGGGGCUCUAUUCAAUGGAAAGUACAACCAAAUGCCAAGGGCACCACACUGCGAUGUCGUAUGGGAGGCCCCAUGUUCCAAAAAAAAGUUCAUCACUUGA